AAUUAUGGUAGGAGGCUGCCAGGGCGAGAGAGAGAGAAGGAGGGAAAGGAGAGAGAGCGAGUCCAGCCCACUCCGGUAAAACCAUUCAACUGGUGAGCGAGGGAACGCAUUCAACACUGAGCGAGAGAGAGGGAAAGAGGUGAAGACAGAGAGAAAGAGAAAGAGAGAGAGAGAGGAACUCCCUUCGUCUGGGAUAACUUAGUCCAACACUCUGCAGCGACUUCACCCCGGGAACCAGGAUCCUCCAGCUUUCCCUUCAUCCAUUCAUCACAUCUGAGACUGAACUUCUUCUUCUUUUCUUUUUUUCUUUCUUUCUUGAGACGCCUCCACAUUUUCCAGCCAUCUGUCCCCGACAAAAAAGAUAAGGAUUACUCAUUUUCUCUCUCUCGGCGUGUUUUUUUUUUGUCCUCCUCUCUCUCGCAGCUUUUUUUUCCCUCCGUUUUCGCAGGUGGACUGUGAGCUGAACUUCCAAACUUCUGAGAGAGACAAUAAGAAAGAGAGGAGGAAGAAGAGGAAGAGGAGGAGGCUUUUUCUUUUGUUCAAACUCUUCAUCCUUUUCCUGGCUCAGCAUCACCGCAUCAUGUCUGUGUCGCCUCUGCUCAGCUGGACCAUCCUGCUGCUGGUCCAGAGCUGCGGCUCGUCCUCCGACCCGGCGUCCAAACUUCAACCGCCGGCGCUGUCCCUGACCGUCCAUCCUCACCACCAGCCGCUGCCGGACGCUGCCUCCAGCUCCCUCUGCCCCUCCUGCGCUCUGGCCAGGAUGAGGAGAAACGACGGGGAUGACGCGGCGGCGGGACACGACCACCACCAGGAGGAGGAGGAGGCGGCGGCGGCGGCGCAGCAGGACGUUGUGGAGGCCGUGAAGAGGCACAUCCUCAACAUGCUGCACCUCCAAGCCCGGCCCAACAUCACCCGGCCAGUGCCGCGCGCCGCGCUCCUCAACGCCCUGCGCAAGCUCCACGUGGGUCGAGUGGCGGAGGACGGCAGCGUGCAGAUCGAAGGGGAGGAGGAGGCGCGCGGGCGGGGAGGACGGGGAGGAGGAGGAGGGGGAGGAGCAGCGGCGGCGGCGGCGGCAGCAGCUCGGACGGUAGAUGGCGGCGACGCGCAGGAGACGACGGAGAUCAUCACCUUCGCUGAGGCUGGUGAGUCUCAGGGGACGGUGAACUUCGUCCUCUCUAAAGAAGGAGGUGAUCUCUCGCUGGUGGAGCAGGCCAACGUCUGGCUCUUCCUCCGGUUGGCUAAGACCAAUCGCAGCCGAGCCAAAGUCACCAUCCGCCUCUUCCAGCAGCGCCGGCUCCCUAGCGGACGCCCGUCUACGCCGCCGCAGGACGACGUCCUCCUGUCGGAGAAAACCGUGGACACCCGUCGCAGCGGCUGGCACACGUUCCCGGUGUCGGCGGCGGUGCAGGCGCUGCUGGAGAGCACCGAGAGCACGACGCUGAGCCUCAGGGUCUCCUGCCCGCUCUGCGCCGACGCCGGCGCCACGCUCAUCCUGGUCUCCGGCGGCUCCGAGACGUCGCAGCGCGCCAACCAGCGGGAGCAGUCCCACCGGCCCUUCCUUAUGGCCGUGGUCCGGCAGGAGGACAGCAGCGAGUCGCGGCGGCGCAGGAAGCGCGGGCUGGAGUGCGACGGGAAGGUCCGCGUCUGCUGCAAACGGCAGUUCUACGUCAACUUCAAAGACAUCGGCUGGAACGACUGGAUAAUCGCGCCGCCGGGUUACCACGCCAACUACUGCGAGGGGGAGUGCCCGUCCCACGUGGCGAGCAUCACUGGCUCCACGUUGUCCUUCCACUCCACCGUCAUCAGCCACUACCGCAUGCGGGGCUACAGCCCCUUCCAGAACCUGAGGUCGUGCUGCGUGCCCACCCGGCUACGAGCCAUGUCCAUGCUCUACUACAACGAGGAGCAGAAGAUCAUCAAGAAGGACAUCCAGAACAUGAUCGUGGAGGAGUGCGGCUGCUCGUAAAAACCUGAACCGGAUCACGAACUGGACCGGACCGGACCGGACCGGAGAGGAGGAGGACUUGUGAACCCAGAGGGAGAGAGAGACGGAGGGAGGAGAGAACUUUACCAUCAACAGCACGUUGUCAGCGUUUCAUUCUUCACCUCCUCUCUCCAUCCCUCCGUCACUCGGGGUCGCUCCCUGGAAAUAAAAGACUCUUCUCAUCCAGCAGAACUCAGAAAGAGUCUCGACGGCACUUUCAGAAAAAAAAAAAGAAAUAAAAUGAAAAAAAAGGAUAUCUAAUAUAUUUUUGUU